AUGACGGCAGACGUGUAUGAUCUGAAUGUGCCUGGCACAGAACAACUUGUGGAUGUCAAUCAUGACCUUCAAGCUGUCCAUGCCGGAGGAUCAAGUGACAUCGUCUUGAUACCUCAACCUACCAAUGCGGGUGCUGAUCCUUUGCGCUGGAACCGUUUUAAGAAGUACUAUCAACUCUUCUUGCUCGCUCUGUACGCCUGUGCCUUCUCCUACGGAGAGAACACCCUCGGUGCUGCGUGGACCACAGUAUCUAGUGACACUGGAGUGUCUCUGACGAACAUGAAUGGAGGUUCGGCGUUGAACUAUCUCCUUCUUGGAUUUGUCAACAUCUUUUGGAUACCCACCGCCAUGAAGAUCGGUCGCCGACCUGUCUUUCUGGCGUCCACAGCCAUCUGCAUGUGUGCAGGUAUCUGGCUUGGGAAAUUCAACGGCACGGCAUCUUAUAUGCUUGCCCAGGUCCUGAACGGCGUCGGAACUGCCGCGUACCAAGCCGUCAUUCAGUUGAGCGUAUUCGACAUGUUCUAUACCCAUCAACGUGGACGAAUGUUGAGCUUCUACUUGUUUGGACAACAACUAGGCUCGAUCCUUGGUCUGAUCACUGGUGGAAGCAUCGCCGAUAAUCUAAAUUGGAGAUGGUCACAGUAUAUAGUGGCCUGUAUCAAUGCGGGUGUCUUGGUCCUCCUCUUCCUCACAUUCGAGGAGACCUUGUUCCCGAGGUUUCUGUUCGGUAGCAUCAACGGCGGUGUGGCUAGGACCGGAGAGCCUGUUUCGACCGUGGCCAAUGCCAAAGACGUCGAGAACACCCUGACAAGGACCGAAAGCCCGAGCGAGCCAGAAGUCGACAAUGCAUUGGCGCCUCAAUUCCCCAAACGGACCUACCUGCAGAAGUUGAAGCCGUGGGUCUAUUUCCCCGAGGACAGGACGAGCUACUGGCAAUACUUCCGCCGACCUUUCCUGCUGUUCACGUUCCCCAACGUCGUCAUCGCCGGUGUCAUUUUUGCCUUCGGCUGUACGGCGGGUAUCGUGUCGUUCAACACCAUCUCGGAAAUCAUGACGGAGCCACCGUACAACUGGUCGACCACGUCGACCGGGUUGAUCUUCCUUGCGGCGCUCGUGGGCAACUUCGUCGGCUGGGCGACAGGUGUCCUCAGUGACCACAUUGUCAUUUUCCUGGCUCGCCGGAACAAUGGUGUCAAAGAACCGGAAAUGAGACUGUGGACACUGUGUUUCUCCUUCGUGUACGCCGCGGUCGGCUACCAACUGUACGGAUGGGGUGCCAACGGCGGCUUGCAUUGGAUGACGGUCGCCUUUGGGGUGGGUAGUAUGAUUGCGCAUCAAGUGUCGGCCUGCUCGAUUGCCACGGCGUAUGCCAUGGAGUGUUUCCCCGGGAUUGCCGGAGAACUGGUCGUCGUGUUGGCCAUCUGUUCGUCGUGCAUCAACUUUGCCAUCUCGUACUCUGUCCAGCCGUUCAUCAACGCCACCAACUACGGAUACACGUUCCUGUUUUUCGGCCUUUGUGUGCUGUGCUCGAUGCUGGCUGCUAUCCCGACUUAUAUGUAUGGCAAGGCAUGGCGACGAAACGCGGCACCCAAAUGGAGAAGAUGGUUGGCCGAGAGAGAGCUACAAUAG